GUCCGGCACCUCCGUUUGCGCACCGUUCGCAACUCCUCCCACUUUCCCCUUUCUUCUUCUUCUUCUUCUUCUUCUUCUUCAACCCCUCCCUCUAUUCCCCGUCGCCAUCUCAACGACUCCACCAAUGGCCGAAGCUCCCGCUCCCACGAGCGCAUCCACAGGAGGGAAUGCGGAAAACUUUGUUGUGCCUCCUGUUGAAGGUGUUGCUGGAGGUGGGACUGGUUAUGGUUGGGUUGAUGGCGGCUUGCAAGGUUCAAAUCUAUUCACCGGCAGUGUAGUUGACCCUACAAAGAUUCCAUCAGCAGAUCUAGUGCAUGUGUGGUGUAUGCCAAGCACAGCUAACGUUGGGCAGCAAGAAAUGCCGCGAACUUUGGAGUCUAUAUCUCUGUUGGCGGCAAGAAAUGAGAGGGAAAGUGUUCAGAUUGCUUUGCGUCCAAAGGUUUCUUGGGCCAGUUCAGGUAUUGCAGGAACUGUGCAGGUUCAAAGUACUGACCUGUGCUCUUCCUCAGGGGACAGGUUGCGGGUCGGGGAAUCUGUAACUUUGCGACGUGUGGUACCUAUCUUAGGUGUUCCUGAUGCUCUUGUGCCUCUUGAUCUACCAGCCCCUCAAAUAAAUCUAUUUCCUGGCGAAACAACAUCCAUUUGGGUCUCAGUAGAUGUUCCUUGUGGACAACCUCCUGGACAAUAUGAGGGUCAGAUUUUUAUUACUGCCGUGAAGACAGAUGCAGAAUUGUCAGAGCUAUCUCUAGCUAAAGCUGAUAAGUAUCAACUGUACAGAGAAUUAAAAAAUUGCCUUGAUGUCGUUGAACCUGUAGAUGGAAAGCCACCGGAGGAAGUGGUUGAAAGAGCUAAAUCUGCUAGAGAUGCAUUGAGGAGGAUACUUUUGCUACCGACAUUUCAGGAGUUUCAGGAAGAUAAUGGCUCAGGAGACAUGAUGGAUGAGGAUAUUUUCACCAAUAUUUCAGUUCGUUUAAAAUUUACUGUCACCGUCUGGGAUUUCACUCUUCCGCUGACCCCAUCGCUUCCUGCUGUAUUUGGUAUAUCUGAAACUGUGAUAGAGGAUCGCUUUUGUCUGGAGCAUGGUAGUGAAGGCUGGUAUGAUGCAUUAGACCAUCACUUUAAGUGGCUUCUGCAGUACAGAAUUAGCCCUUUUUUUUGUAGAUGGGGUGAUAGCAUGAGAAUUUUGGCGUAUACUUGCCCUUGGCCAGCUGAUCAUCCAAGAGCUGAUGAAUAUUAUUCGGAUCCAAGAUUAGCAGCGUAUGCUGUACCAUACACACCUAUACUUUCAUGCACUGACAGUGCAAAGGUUGCCCUGCAAAAGGAGGUUGAGAUAUUGAAGUCAAAGGAUCAUUGGAGAAAAGCUUAUUUUUAUUUGUGGGAUGAGCCAGUGAAUUUGGAGCAGUAUGAUUUGAUCCGUAGCAUGUCUAGUGAGAUACGGGCUUAUGCACCUGAUGCUCGUGUUCUAACAACUUAUUACAGUGGUCCAAGUGGUGCAGAUCUUGCUCCGAACACUUUUGAGGCCUUUGUCAAAGUUCCAAACAUUCUUCGACCACAUACUCAAAUAUUCUGUACAAGUGAGUGGGUUCUUGGAACUAGAGAGGACUUAGUGGGAGAUAUUGUUGCUGAACUUCAGCCAGAUAACGGUGAAGAAUGGUGGACUUACGUUUGCUUGGGUCCAUCUGAUCCCCACCCAAAUUGGCAUCUCGGGAUGCGUGGCACGCAACACCGUGCAGUGAUGUGGAGAGUCUGGAAGGAAGGCGGUACAGGUUUUCUUUAUUGGGGUGCUAACUGUUAUGAGAAGGCCACAGUGCCUAGUGCUGAGAUAAGAUUCCGACGAGGUCUUCCCCCUGGUGAUGGAGUGCUGUUCUAUCCUGGUGAAGUUUUUUCUUCAUCACAUGAACCAGUUGCUUCAGCUCGGCUGGAACGGCUUCUCAGUGGCAUGCAGGACAUUGAAUACUUGAAGCUAUACUCGUCAAGAUACGGUAGAGACGAAGGAUUGAAUCUUCUGGAGAAGACCGGUAUCUAUCUCGGUCCCGAACGCUACACGCUCGACCACGGCCCGAUCGACUUGAUGCGAGCGGAGAUCUAUCGGACCUGCAGAUCCUGAGAAAGUGCUUUUUAUUUCAUUUGUUGGGUUUUCUCUCGUCAUUCCUCUGUUUAGCAGCUUUGUUUGAUGCUGAAUCUCGCUGCCACUCUUUUUCCUUCUUUUUGGCUACAUUACGAUCCAUUGUACCUGCAAACUUUUUGCAUACAAAUUAGGAACACUCCUUAUUUUGUAACCUGUGGAGAAUUAUAUAAACCUAAAAUUUAGGUAAAAAUAUUGCCCUUUUA